UUUAACCCACUGAGCCACCCAGGCGCCCCUGAACUUAUCAUUUUUAAGUGAAAAAUGUUGAGAUACCUCCUCAAUCCGUUCUUGAGAGCACUACUGAGACUUCAUAUCAUUGGUGAGCUUCUAGCAUCUAUUUCAAACAAUUUCCCUCAACCUUGCACUUUGGCUAGGACUCAAACCACCUAAAACUUAAAAAGUCCCAGCAGUUUUAAAACAAAGCAAAGGCCAAAGAUGGGUCUUCAGAUUCUGACACUAAAAUCUCCCCCUAUAAUUAUAUACCUCUAUACCUUUUGAAAUAAUGAUUGUUUCAAAAGCAAGUGUAUGAUCUUAAUUGAUUAGUCAGUAAAACUAAGUUUUUGCUAUGAUUGGGAAAGAGAAUGUCACUCUUUGGGGGCAGAAAGAUAAAACAGGUGACCAUAGUUGUAGCCGAGUAAAUCUCAUGAACCUGAGGGAAGUUGGUUUUAGGACUUAGCCUGAUUUAAAUGAAAGUAAACAUAUUUGUGUUUGUGUACUUAUUAAAUACUUUAGGUAUCCCGGAUUUCAGCACCAAAAUAAAUAAAUACUUUGGUAAAUUAUGAGAAACUAGAACUAAAUUGUGACUUUAUCUAAUGUGUUCCACCCCAGUAUUUUACUUCAUUUUCUCCCAGUUCACAGUUCACUGCUGUGAAGGAAACCUGCAGACAUAACUUCUUGCCCUGUAACAACUAUCUAUUUGUGUUUCAUCUCACGGUUUAGCCAAUUCAUAUCCUCUGAGAGAACUCCCAAAGUGACUCAUGUAUACUUUCCUUUCCAGUACAACUGAAAGAAGGCCAAGUAGUGAUGCAAUCUUGUUUCAGGUUUUCAAUCUUCUCAAAAGAUUACAAACUCCUGGGGGCCAGGAAUCACAUCUUGUACUCAAAACAAUACUAACAGCACCAGGAACUUUAAAGAGUAUAAAACAGUUCUUAUGGAAGAUAGAAUAUAUUUGUGAUCACUUAAACACAAUGAGUAAAACAACAUUUGUUUCUAAAGGACAUUGAUAUUAAUGGAAUUAGGUAGCUUUCGUGAAACUGAAAAUCUCUAUAGAGACGCAUGGUGGCGCUGCAGGAUAACAUCGGCGGUGUAAAAACACUGAACUGGACGUUGUUCUUGACUCGGUUACCCACCCGGUGCGCUCAGAGUGGUGGGAAGGCAGAACACGCCUUCAAGGUGCGAACUACAAGCUACUCAGCAGGGUUAAAAUCCUUAGGCCUCCUAAGAUUCGGUGGACGUUAGCAGAGACACGUUUCCCAAAACUGCGAAGAGAAGCUGAAGCGAUUCUGCAGGAAGAUUUCCUUAAAGGAGCUAUGGAGAACGGAAGGGCAGAAGCUCUGCAGAUAAGGCAAGUCCUGCUUCUUUUUGUUUUGCUAGGAAUGUCUCAGGCGCGUUCGGAAUCUGGGCGCUUUUCGGUGGCAGAGGAAAUGCAGAGCGGGAGCUUUGUAGGCAAUUUGGCAAAGGACCUGGGACUAGAAGUGGGUGAGCUGCUCUCAAGGGGGGCUCAGGUGGUCUCUAAUGAUAACAAAAGGCGUUUGCAGCUGGACAUAAACACCGGAGAUUUGCUCUUAAGCCAAUCACUAGACCGGGAGGAGCUCUGUGGCUCCACGGAGCCCUGUGUGUUGCAUUUCCAGGUAUUAAUGAAAAACCCUUUGCAGUUUUUACGAAUUGAGCUACAGGUCAGGGAUAUAAAUGACCACUCUCCUGCCUUCUUAGAAAAAGAAAUGCUCCUAGAAAUCCCAGAGAAUAGUCCUGUUGGUGCUGUGUUCUUACUAGAAAGCGCGAAGGAUUUAGAUGUAGGAAUCAACGCUCUAAAGAACUACACAAUAAGCCCCAACUCUUAUUUCCACAUUAAAAUGAGAGUCAAUCCAGACAAUAGGAAAUAUCCGGAGUUGGUUCUGGACAAGGCACUGGAUUAUGAAGAGCAGUCCGAGCUCAGUUUCAUCCUCACUGCUAUGGAUGGCGGGUCUCCGCCCAGGUCCGGGACUGCCACGGUUAGGGUCGUGGUUGUGGACAUUAAUGACAACUCCCCUGAGUUUGAGCAGCCAUUUUAUGAGGUGAAGAUUCCAGAGAAUAGCCUAUUAGGGUCACUCAUUGUCACUGUCUCAGCUUCGGAUUUAGACUCCGGAAAAAAUGGAGAAAUAUCAUAUUCUUUUUCCCAUGCCUCAGAAGAUAUUCGCAAGACAUUUGAAAUUAAUCAAAAGUCCGGAGAAGUCAUUUUAGCCACACCCAUGGAUUUUGAAACAACUGAAUCAUACUCAAUAAUCAUUCAAGCCACAGAUGGGGGCGGCCUCUUUGGAAAAUCAACAGUCAGAAUUCAGGUGAUGGAUGUGAAUGACAAUGCUCCUGAAAUCGCUGUGUCAUCAAUUACCAGUCCAGUCCCAGAAAAUUUGCCGGAGGCUGUGGUUAUGGUUUUUAGCAUUCGAGACAGAGACUCUGGGGACAAUGGGAAGAUGAUUUGUUCUAUCCCAGAAGACCUCCCUUUCAUACUAAAAUCUUCCGUUGAGAAUUACUACACACUGGAAACGGAGGAAAUGUUGGACAGAGAGAGCCAGGCCGAGUACAACAUCACCAUCACCGUCACCGACCUGGGGACCCCCAGGCUGAAAACCCAGCACAACCUCACGGUGACCGUGUCCGACGUCAACGACAACGCCCCGGCCUUCAGCCAGACGACCUACACCCUGCGCGUCCGCGAGAACAACAGCCCCGCCCUGCACAUCGGCAGCGUGAGCGCCACCGACAGAGACUCGGGCGCCAACGCCCAGGUCACCUACUCGCUGCUGCCGCCCCACGACCCGCAGCUGCCGCUGGGCUCGCUGGUGUCCAUCAACGCGGACAACGGGCAGCUGUUCGCGCUCAGGUCGCUGGAUUUCGAGGCGCUGCAGGCGUUCGAGUUCCGCGUGGGCGCGGCCGACCGCGGCUCGCCGGCGCUCAGCAGCCAGGCGCUGGUGCGCGUGCUGGUGGCGGACGCCAACGACAACGCGCCGUUCGUGCUGUACCCGCUGCAGAACGGCUCGGCGCCCUGCACCGAGCUGGUGCCGCGGGCGGCCGAGGCGGGCUACCUGGUGGCCAAGGUGGUGGCGGUGGACGGCGACUCGGGCCAGAACGCCUGGCUGUCGUACCAGCUGCUCAAGGCCACGGAGCCCGGGCUGUUCGGCGUGUGGGCGCACAACGGCGAGGUGCGCACGGCGCGGCCGCUGAGCGAGCGCGACGCCGUCAAGCACAGGCUGCUGGUGCUGGUCCGGGACCACGGCGAGCCGCCGCUGUCGGCCAGCGUCACGCUGCACGUGCUGCUGGUGGACGGCUUCUCGCAGCCCUACCUGCCGCUGCCGGACGCGGUGGCGGCCGAGGCCCGCGCCGACCCGCUCACCGUCUACCUGGUGGUGGCCUUGGCGUCCGUGUCGUCGCUCUUCCUGUUCUCGGUGCUGGUGUUCGUGGCGGUGCGGCUGUGCAGGAGGAGGCGGGCGGCGUCGGGGGGCGGCUGCUCGGUGCCCGAGGGUCCGUUUCCGGGCCACCUGGUGGACGUCAGCGGCGCGGGGACCCUGUCCCACAGCUACCAGUAUGAGGUGUGUCUGACGGGAGGUUCAGCGACCGGUGAGUUCAAGUUCUUGAAGCCGAUUAUCCCCAACUUCCCACCCCAGCACUCUGGGAAAGAGACGGAAGAAAAUCCUACCUUCCACAAUAGCUUUGGGUUCAAUAUAUAGAGACCACAAUUAAGUUUCAUAUUAUAUAUGUGCCACUUUUUUCGUGCCACUUCCAGAUCAAUGUUAUUUCCCCCAAUUUGUGUGUAUUUUAAAUUUAUCCGGGGUACUUUUAUAUUUUCACAAAUUGUACCCAUCUUUACUUUUAAGUGAAUGUUUUCUUUAUUUGUGGUUGUAAUUAGAUGGUACUUUAUUCUGUAAUCCAGGUCUUAAUGGGUAGUUUGCCUUUUUAAGGAAGAAGACCAAAUAAAUCACUUUUGUCCACAGCCCUCUCUCCAGUUACACUUUCACCCAUAAUUAUGCUUUUGGUAAAAAUAAAGCAGACCACUUUCAAAUUA